AUGUCAGCCCACCUCGCGCGCCGGCGCCUCGCAACAGUCGUCCCCGGCUACGUCCGCCAAGCGCAAACAUCCUCGAGCGUCUCCGCGGGCGGCGUCAGCGACCCCGGCGCGUACUGCCGCGAAAUUGUCAAGAAGCAGGAUCAGGAGGGGUUCAUGAUGUCGCAUCUGUGGCCGAGACAUGCGCAGGGGGCGUAUUUCGCUUUGAAGGCUUUCUACGUUGAGCUGGCGACGGUUCAGGAGAGCGUGAGCAAUGCUAUGCUCGGGAGUAUGAGGAUGCAGUUCUGGCGCGACGCCGUCAAGUCUAUCUCAGAGGGCAGACCACCCCAACACCCCAUAGCCCUCGCCCUGCACGCCGCCUCCCGUAGAUCAAACCUGCACUCCUACCACCUCAAACGCAUAAUUGACGCGCGCACCUCUGAGCUUGAAACGCCCUCCUUCAUCACGCUCGACCAGCUAACAUCCCACGCCGAAUCAACAUCGUCAACGCUCAACUACCUCCUCCUGUCCUCGCUCCACCCCUCGCUCAGCGCCUCAGAAACGCUCUCGCACGCCGCGAGCCAUCUCGGCGUAGCCCAGUCGUUGAGCGUGAGGUUGCGCGCAUUGCCGUUUCAUGCGGGGAAAGGACGCAUGGCGCUCCCCGCGGACGUCAGUGCGAGACAUGGGGUUCGAGAGGGUGAGGUGUAUGAGAAGGGAGGCGAGGCGAAGGGGCUGAGGGACGCGGUGUUUGAGGUGGCGACGUUGGCGAAUGACCAUUUGUUGACGGCGAGGAGCAUGUUCAAGGAUGCCGGCGGGAAGGUGCCGAAGGAGGCUAUGCCUGUGUUCGCUGCUGGGGUGCCCGUGGCGAACUUCUUGCAGAGGCUGGAGAAGGCGGACUUUGAUGCGUUUGCGGGGAGUGUGCAGGCGAAGCCUGGGUGGAAAUUACCGUAUAGGCUAUGGAGGUACUCCCAGACGCGCGAGUUCUAA